CUGCAACGUCGUCGCUAUGGAAUACAGAAGAACCCCGUACGAGGUGUUUCGAGAAAAGACCAUGUCGUGAAUCGUUGGCAAGGGAACAUUAUUCCAUACACUUUGUCAUCGGAUUAUUCGGAUGAGCAGAAGAAGAUCAUUCGACUUUCUUUGGACAGCUUGGAACAGAUUUCCUGUUUCCGAUUCGUUCCACGUUCUGAUGAAAAGGAUUUUCUGGCUUUUAUGCCAUUAGAUGGAUGCUAUUCCUAUGUGGGGAAAGUCGGAGGAACGCAGGUGAUUUCACUCGCAGUUGACUGUAUUGCUGACUACAUUAUAUGGCAUGAAGUGAUGCAUGCGAUCGGUUUCGAACAUGAACAUCAGCGUCCCGACCGAGACCAAUUCAUUAAAGUCGAGUACAGUAAUGUUCAACAAGGACAGCUGGUGAACUUCGAAAAGCUUGCGCCCCAUGAGGUCGACUAUCCCGACGACUACGACUACCAGUCGAUCAUGCACUAUGAUUCUCAUGCGUUUGGCCGAAGGGAUCCUGUCACCAACGCCAGACUGGCUACCAUGAUCCCACUCAAAGUUGGUGUGUUGUCUGAACAUUUGAAAACAAUCGCUAACAUCCAGUCGUAUUCAGAAAGUGACGGUGCUAUUUUUCAGAAUGGAUUAUGUUCAACGUCGUCAACUCAUCUGCAAGCCAUGCUCAAGUACUGCCAGAAAACAUGUCGUCUUUUUUCAAUGAUCCAGCUCCGAGCUUCUGUUCCGUAUAACAUCAGCCGACUGUCUAUGAUGUUACAGGAUCCUCGAUGUGACAAGUAUGCGCGGAACGGAUUUUGCACGGAUCCAUUUUACGAACGAAUAAGAGCCAAGAAGUGUAUGAAGACAUGCAACCUCUGCAUUUCUUUCAAGGAAAGCGAAUGA